AUGGUGAAUGUAAGCGACUUUCCAAGCUUAUUCUUUAACAAAUUGGGAUUUCAUUCUGAUUUCAUUUAUAAUAACCGUGGUGAUAGAAAUUCAAAUGUAUGGAUUUUGUGGAGGAGAAAUUUAAAUACUCCUGUGGCUAUCUCUGAGUCUGAGCAACACGUGACGAUAGCCAUGAAUUGGGGCCUACAACAGAUUCAUAUUUCAUUUAUUCAUGCGAGCUGCUUCAGAGUGGAUAGAAGAAUGCUAUGGUUGGACUUAAUGCAUGAUUCACCUCAGCCCCCCACCCCUUGGGCGAUUAUAGGAGACUUUAAUGCGACCCUGUACUCUCAUGAAAAGCGCGGUCCUGGAAGCUUCAGUUUGGGCUCAGCUGCAGAGUAUGGGGCCAUGGUAGAUGCAUGUUCUAUGUCUCAGAUACCUUCAACAGGCAGAAAAUUUACCUGGUCCAAUAAUCGACGUAGGGGGAAUGUAUGCGCUGUUUUGGACAGAAGCUUCUGCAAUGAAGAAUGGAUCACUUGCUUUCAAGAUUGCUCUCAGCUAGUCCUUCCGCGGAUAGCAUCUGACCACACUCCUUUGGUGCUGAUCUCCAAUACUAACCAGCGUCCUCAUAAUUGCCCCUUCCGAUUCCACCAGUUUUGGAUGGAUCAUGGUGACUUUGAGCAGGUUGUGGCAGAAUCGUGGGCGGAAUGGGUCUCAGGCUCGUCGAUCCUUGCUCUUAUGCUGAAGCUAAAGCGCCUCAAAGGAGUCCUUAGCUGUUGGGCGAAAUCUACAUUCCCAAACUUUGAACGAGCUCUGGAGGAGGCAAAACAGCAAUUAGUUCAAGUGCAGGAUCAGAUUGAUGGCAAUGGGAUGAACGACCAGCUGUUUGCACUGGAGGCAGAUGCUAAAAUGGGUCUAGCCAAGGCUCUAAAAAAUCAUGAGAAGAUAUGGGCUGAGAAGGCGAGAAUUAGGUCCAUUCCAACGCUAGACCAUUUAGAUCUCUUGGAAAGUAUUCCGAAAACUCUCCAGGAAAUUGAUAAUUUUUGGCUCGAUUCGCUCCCAGGUGAUGCAGAAAUUAGAACAGCAAUGUGGGAGUUGGAUCCAGACAGUUCGCCUAGCCCUGAUGGUUUUUCUGGUGCUUUCUUUAGGAGAUGCUGGAGCAUAGUGGAUAGAGAGGUCUGCAAUGCUGUGAGAUUUUUCUUUAGGAAAAAGUAUAUGCCCCCUGGAGUCAAUAAUAAUUUUUUAGUUCUGAUUCCCAAGAUGGAAGGAGCGGAGACCCUUGAUAAAUUCCGCCCGCUGUGUAUGGGCAAUUUUUUCUACAAAAUAAUUUCAAAAGUGAUGGCCCUUCAUCUUGAACCUCUCCUUCCCAGACUUAUUUUAGAAGAACAGGGGGCUUUUCAAAAGGGUAAGAUGAUCCAUGACAAUAUCUCUGUUGCUUCAGAACUAGCAAACUUGAUGUUUUCUUCUACAAAAGGAGGUGGUCUGGGUCUAAAAAUAGACAUCAGUAAAGCAUAUGACACCAUCUCUUGGAGCUUCCUAUUCCAAGUAAUGCGGCGCUUUGGCUUUUUUGAGAUAUGGAUUAAACGUCUCCAUCAAAUCUUGUCAUCUACAAAAAUAUCUGUCCUGGAUAACGGAGGUCCACAAGGUUUUUUUGGGGUGGAGAGAGGAUUGAGACAGGGAGACCCUAUUUCUCCCAUGCUCUUCAUCAUAGCAGAAGAAGUUUUGUCAAGAGGCUUGUCAAGACUGGUCCAGAGCAAGAUGAUACAGUCAAUCCAGGGCCCCAGAGGCACUCCUACUCCAGGGCAUAUUCUUUUUGCAGACGACAUUUUCAUCUUCUCGAAUGCUAAUCUGAGGUAUGUUCGCAAUCUGAAAGACUUUCUAAUGAAUUACCAAGAAUUCUUUGGGCAAUGUAUCAAUCUUGAGAAGAGCAAGCUUUUUCUGGGUAAAGUUGCUCCUGAUCGUAGACAAACAAUCUCUGAGACCCUGGAAAUUCCUAUUUGUAGCUUUCCUACUCGCUAUCUUGGUGUGAAAAUUUUUAAGGGAAGGGUAAAGAAGGAGGCACUGAUGCCUGUGAUGGACAGAGUUAAAGGCCAUUUAGCUGGCUGGAAAGGAAAGCUUCUGUCAAUGGCAGCAAGGAUAGAAUUGGUUCGAUCGGUUGUCUCUGCCAUUCCAAAUCAUAGCUUUGCUGUUUAUUGGUGGCCAUCAUCUCUCCUUGAAACAAUGGAGAGAUGGAUGAGAAACUUUAUUUGGACUGGCGAGGUGGAUUCUUCUAAGGCGAUCACGGUCAGAUGGGACUUUGUUUGCAAGCCAAAGGAGGAGGGGGGCUUGGGGAUUAGAAGACUUAGAGAUACAAAUAUGGCUAUGCUCAGUAAGAUGGUGUGCCACUUCAAGCAUGGGAAGCAUGCCGCCAGUUCUUUUCUCAGGGCAAGAUUUGUCAAGAAAAAUGGAGCUCAUAAUAUGGACUGCAGGCACUCCUCUAUCUCCUUGGGCAUCAGAAAGGUGUGGAAGUUUGUGGAUCUGAAUGAAAGGUGGAUCAUUGGUAAUGGGGGCCUAGCAAGAUUCUGGAAAGAUAAGUGGUGGGGACCCAAGGCCAUCAUGGACGAGAUUCAGGAUGCGGAUAUCUCUCUCCUGGACUCUGAUGCCAAACUACCCAUAUCUGGUGGGAACGUAACAGAAGACGAUAUGAGGGCACAGCUAGGAAUGAAAUUGGGUCUAUCUGUAGAAAACCAAAAGGAUACGCCUCCUCUUGAAGUGCAUUGGUGUAAACCUCCGAUAAAUUGGAUCAAAAUAAAUGUGGAUGGCAGCUCUCUGGGCAACCCAGGUAGAGCAGGGGCAGAAGGCAUCUCCAGAGAUAGUGAGGGGCGCGUUUGUAACUCCUUCAGUUCCUUCUUGGGUAUCAAGAAGACCUAUGAAGCAGAAUUUGAAGCGGUCCUGGAAGGAAUCACGCUCGCUCAAAAUAUGAAUGUCAGAGAAUCUACUCCAUGGAAGAUCACCCACUGCUAUAGAGAAGUGAACACUGCUGCGGACUAUCUGGCGAAGAAGGCAUCCAAGUCAGGUGUCUCUGCUUGCGCAGUGCCUUUACCGAAUCAUAUUAAUGUCGAUUUAGAGGAUGAUGUGUUGGCUUUAGCAAAAAAAAAAGCAGAGACUUCAAACAUGCACCAAUCAAUCAAUGAUGAUUCACUCAUGGAGACAAGCAAUAAAAAGAUCAAGGACGAAGCCUUGUAUAACAUUGCUCGAGCAUGUCAUCACGUUGGACUUGUUACACUUGCUGUGUCAUAUUAUGAGAAAGUGCUGGCAAUUCGUGAGAAGGAUUACCCUAUCCCAAAGCUUCCUAAUGAGGAAUCAAGCCUUACAGAAAUUCAGAAGCCAGGUUAUUGUGACCUUCGCAGAGAGGCUGCAUACAAUUUGCACUUGAUAUACAAGCAAAGUGGUGCCUUUGAUCUUGCUAGGCAGGUCCUCAAAGACCAUUGCACUCUCUGA